AUGGCAACUUUGAAAAAUGUGACCUUCAAGGCUCGUGGUUUAAUGCCACCAGUUUUUACACCACUCAAACAAGACCUUACCGUCAACUAUGAUGUCAUACCAAAAUAUGCCGAUUUCAUCAGCAAAAGCGGAAUUAAAGGAGUCCUGGUUGGGGGUACAGCAGGAGGACACAUGUGCCUUUCAAUGCCAGAAAAGAAGAAAUUAGUAGAAGAAUGGGUGAAAGCAGCAAAAGUUAGAGAUCUUCACGUGAUGGUGCAAGUUGGGGGUGCAUCUAUGCCUGACGUACUUGAAAUGGCUGAUUUCUGUGCCAAGAGUGGCGCGGACUCCAUUCUAACGUUACCAGAAACAUACUUCCGACCUCAGAACGUAACCGAUCUCGUGGACUAUGUGGAGACUGUCGCAAAAUCUGCCCCCAAUCUUUCCAUUUUAUAUUACCACAUACCACACAUGAGCAAUGUUAUAGUAAAUAUGCCAGCGUUCGUCUCCGAAGCCACCAAUCGUAUACCCACAUUUAAAGGCAUCAAGUUUUCCUCCAAUGAUCUAAGCGAGGCGGCUCAGGUGUUACGGAAGCUUAAGGAUGACCAGCAGAUUUUCUUGGGAACAGCCACUUUACUUGCACCAGCGGGUCUACUCGGCCUAAAGUCCAGUAUUGGAACAGUGUACAACUUCAUGCCAAAACUAGCACAAGAGAUACAAGAAGCGAUAGAACAAUCCGAUGUGGAAAAGGCCAGAAAACUACAGGAGAAACUCAGCCUGGUCAUUGAAGCUUUAGUGCCAGAAGGUGGUUGGGUGCCAGUAAUGAAAGCGGGUAUGGAAGUAGUGACAGGUAUAGAAGUUGGUCCUGCGUCAUCACCACAGAAGCCCGUAACAGAGGAUGGAAAGAAGAGAAUAGAAGAGAGAUUGCGAAAACUUGGAAUUAUUUAA